CUUGCCUUCCGCAGACACCAUUGGCUGUACCAUGCGCCCUCUAAAUUUGAACAUAAGAAGCGCCAAAGAGAAAGUAUGAACAGAAUGGCGCCAGUUUAAAAGAAACCGCUCCUGUCACCUAGCAAAUCAGGAUGAAUACAUAUUGUGAGCCAGACCAUGUUAAGUUUGUCAAGAGUAACCGGAUGCAAUUUGCUGAUAUUCUCUACGACCAUCAAUUUAUACUGGAUGUAUUCCAUGCGAAAUACGACCUACCGGACAGGGAGACCAGAAACUUGGAAGCCAAGGAGAACAAGUUGGAGGCUCUGUUGGAUCUGGUUCAGAAAAAAGGAAAGAGUGCAUGCAAAGUGUUUAUCUCUCUGCUGCGGGAGAACCUUGAGGUGAAGAAGACCUUCCCCCGGCUCACUGAAAUUGACUUCAACCCGCUGGACCCCGCAUCCCCAUCUCCACCUCUUAGUCCUCAAAUCCCAAACUCAGCCAAGAGAGCGGGACCUUCACGAGGGUCAGGAGCCAGAGGUUUACCGACCCAAGGUUUGCCCCAGACCAACCCUUCUUGCUCAACCAGAAAGGGGCAGAUUUCUCUGCAAGGCUACCUUCAACAGGUCUCAGAGCUCAUCCAGAAUAAGAAGUGCCAGUUCUUCAGAACCAACAUGAGGAUCAAAGACCAGACCUUGGUUGUCAUGGUCUUCAACACUGGACUACGACAAGAAUUCAUCAACAUGGAAAAAAACAAGAGUCUUGUUGUCCUGGAGAGACUGAAACGGGGCUGGUCGGAUAGUGUACUCUUCACAGACUCCUCCAGGUUCAAGGUUCUGGACGAUCGGCUGUUCACAGGUAACCCGCACUUCGGCGUACCAUUGGCCACCUCGGACGAGAUGCUGCCCAAUAAGAAGAACUAUGGACAAAGAAAGUCCACCAAGACGAGCACCCCUUUUCCACCUUACGAUCCGCAACCCCCCCUGAGGACCGUCACCAUGGAGAUCCUCGGCGUCCGUCUGAAGGAAAAGUUCUCCUGCCCACGGGACCACCUGCUGGAGGACCUCCCCCCUAGCCAGUACGUGGACUGUGGGCUCUGCGAUAUGAAGUACGGCAAGGCGGCCUUAAAACGGGUUCUGAAUGGGAAGGUGUUUGUCAGGGAGUCUGACCAGUUCUUGGAGCUGACAGAUGACCAUGUCAGGAACCUGCUGAAGGAGGCAAUGGACGAGGGCUGCGACACCAUCGACAAAUUGGAGAUAGCCCUGAAAGAAGUCUGCUUUCUUAAAGUCACCUUAAGCAACAAUAUUGUCAUCUCUGUGUCCAGAGCGAGCCCUGAUGCCUCUCAGUGCAGGGCUACUCAUAUUGUUUGUUAGGGAUGGGGGAAAAUCCAUUUAUCUGGCAUUUUCUCCAACCAUUCUCAGGUUUAUUUUGUAAAAAAGAAUCGUUCAGAAUGCUGAGAGUUGUUGUUGUUAGAGUUCUAACAAAUACCCCAAAAUUUGAACGUAAUACAACAAUUCUUAAGGCGAGACACUGCAGGCAAAAUCAUCGAUUUUUCAGUCACUGGUCAAUUUUGAUAUUUUGGGCUAUUUUGCACCACUAACAUGUAAUGUUUCACACAAAAGAAAAAAAAAAGUCAAAACAAAACAUUUAGGUGAUUGUUUUGUUAUAGUUUGUCAACUUCCGCCUCUGAAUUUUACAGAAUAUUACAAUUUUACACAUAUUACAACCGGUCUCUGUCAUAUGUGUUCCGUGGUAUCGUUGGAAAGCACUCGAUCUGCUGCACAACAUAAAACUGAUAUCUGAUUGGCUGUACUCGAUUUCCGACAAGACGAUUGGUUCCAAUGUAUCACGUGGUAUGCUCUCAAGCUUCCUGGUUAGCUUUUGCCAUAAGAAUCUUUAAAGGCCGUUUUCUCAAAAUGAGUUUUUCCUCGCACGCCAAGCAAGGAAUCUCCACUUCUGUAGCACCUACAUGCACCAAACUUUAGAAUCUUAUUCUCAGCUACUAUAUGAAGAUUGUUACCGUGGGAUUUGAUAUAUCAUUCUUGGCCUGAUUUACAUGACAUUUUAUACAUAAAUAAAGCAAUACAUUUUUUAAGGCAUUGGCAGUAUUUUCAGAUUAACUGGAUAACGAAAGGAGAUAUCUAUAAUCCCCUUUGUAAAUAUUUUUCUAUUUAAUAUAGAAACAACAUGAAAAAAUAAUUUUAAGCCUGGCUUUUUCCAAUGGUCCGAUUCUUCGUAUCAAAAUAUAUACACAUUUGCGCAUAUUUUAUUAGAUAUAGCCUAAUUAGCAUAUCUUAACAUACAUUUACAGAAAACUUCCAAUGCAUUUUCUUCUUGUAAUCAUGUGGUUAAUCAACCGGUAAAGUUUCAUAAAGAUAUCUGUAAGUUAAAAAAAAAAUCCUAUUCACCUGCCGUGUCUCGCCUUAAAUCACUACAUUGGCUCCCUGAAUGUCAGAGAAUUGAUUUUAAUCAGCAAUUUUUGUUGAUCUCUACAUGGUUUAGGGUCAAAAAUAUUUAACUGAUUUACUUCCACUACGUAAGCAUCCUAGACCUUUACGAUCUUCUUAAAUUGUCCCCCUCUGUAUCUUUUUUUAAAUCAAAUCUUAAACCUCAUCACUACUCUAUUGCCUUUAAUUCUGUUUAACCUUUCUUUUACCUCCUCUUUAUUUCAUAUUUUAGUCUUUUGAUCAUGAUUGGACAUUGAUUCUUUGCAACGUCUAGCCAACAUUAUCAUCAUACUGUCAUAGGUGAGUGCUGCAUGCAGCGCUCAACUAUUGUUCUUCAUAAGUUUUAUUCUUUCUUUCUUUCCUCUUUAUUAUUCUCCACAAACUUUGGGACCUAUCUCCUUCCUCAAUUUUUCACCUAGAGUUUUAAGUUUUAAACUUUCAGAGUAGCUUAUUUUUCAGAUUUUAUAAGUAUUUUAUACUUUCUAAGAUAAUCUACUUUUAAAAUACUGUCUUUUUUUAACAUGGGAGGCCUCCCUACUCUGGUACUUCAUCUGUUUAAGACGUAACUAACUUGCAUUAUCAAUAAUAUCUAAAGGGAAUUUCGCUAUAAUUUAAAAUUUCUUCGGAAUCAGUUUUAGUUUCCUACCGGCUUUGUUUUCAGCUGUUUUCAUUGAAGAUGUCUGCCCAUUCUGACACACCUACUUUUUAAGACAUCGUAACUCAAUAGAUUUCAGUUGGUCUCAAUGAUUUACGUUGACGCUGGAUCGUGCAGACGUUUAGCAGUGUUGCAAGAUUGGGCGGUUUUUCUCGCCGGAUUGGGCGACUUUUGGAGGACGUUCCGGCAGUUUUGCCAGAUUGGGCGAUUUUUCCCGCUCUAUUGGGCUACUUUUAAUCACACACCGACAUUUCAGCAUUUUUUGCAAUGCUUUGCGCUUUUCAUUCUGCUGCACUUUAUUUGUUUCCAACUAUUUACAUUUCUUAAAUGGUUUGCAUGUUUACAUCAUUUAGACUUUUGAACUAACUGUAUUUUUCUGCAGGAAAUGCAUUUUCUAGUUAUUACUAUUUUACUGUUAUUAUGGUUGUCUCAAAAAUAUGAUUGUUACUUGUUUAAUUGUUAUAUUGUAAUAGUGUAUACACUAUUCGCAGAAUAAACAAUGUUUGUUUUAA